AUGACGCACUUUUCCCAGGCCUGGGACAACCCCCUCUUUACCAAGCAGCAGCUGAACACAUUUAUGACUCUGGUAGAACCACUCAGGGCAAAUGGCGUGAAGGUGCAUGUCGCCAGCUCCGCCGCCAUCAUCGGAGGAUUGGGGACACAGCUGGACUUCAUCAGACCCGGGAUCUGCAUGUACGGGCUUCCUCCAGAACCAAUCACGGAGACUGCUGAGUUGGUGGAGUCUCUGGGACUGAGACCCGUUCUCUCGCGGCGAGCUCGCCCCACCCUCAUCAAGCAACUGCCCCAGGGGAGGGUCGUGGGAUAUGACAACACCUACGUGACUCGGGCUACAGAGACCAUUGCAACCUUCAGUCUGGGCUAUGCAGAUGGGUACAACAGGCUGUUGUCGAACAGAGGUGUGGUGUCUCUGGAUGAAGAUGGUCCCCAACUUCCGGUUGUUGGGAGAGUGUCCAUGGACGCCAUCACAGUCCGCUUGGAUGAACCAAAGCCUUCGUCCACAACGUUCAACAUCAUCACUGACGACUUCACCUUCCCCAACAGCGUGACAAAGAUGGCUGCUACUCUCGGCACAAUCCCUCACGAGGUGACGACAAGUCUAGCUGCCAGACUACCUCGCGUGUUUUUGUCUGGCGGACAUGUUGUAGCUGUCACGAAAUCCUUGGUGACAGACGAGAGAUGA